AUGGCGGAGACAUUGAGAGCAGCAUUUAACUCUGUAACUGAGACUGUUUUUCCCAAUUCACGCGCGCUACGAAACAUCCAAAGACGCCACAUAACAAGUACUGUACCAACUUUAUGCUUGUUCACCCAAGCCUAGGCUUAUAGCAGCUUAAUGAACCACACAAGCUCAUAAGGAUGUUUUCUGUUUCUUCUUUUAUUUCCAGGGAAUGAAAUAGUUUCCAACCUAGCACUACAGAUGUCUUUAUACUUCAAUGUAUAUUUUUCUCCCUUUUGGUAUACGACCUGUAUUGUUAUGCUGGUGGCAAAGGUAAAACUAAAAGUAUGGAAAUUGAAUUAACUCCCAUGACGUUCCUAAUUAAUGCUUUUUAUCAUGGUCACAAAUUCCUAUGAGAUAUUGUUACUGGAAUUGAAGAAGGUAACAAGAACUCAGAGAAAAUGUGAGUAAUUGUCAACCUCUUCCCAGGACAGAUAGGAGAGAACCCAGGGAACGAGGUUGAUUAAUUGUAAGAAAGUCUAACCGUGCUGAAACUGAAAUAAUUAUCACAGAAGACAUGCACACAACUGACAUAAUAAUUUUUUGGGCACUUUUCCUGGUAAAAUUGUGCUUACCAGUUGUUCAUUCCAAAUUGUUUCCCUAAAAGUCAUUUUGCUGCAAAAUGAAGUCGAUUCGCUGCAAAGUCAUUUCACUGCAUCAUGUCCAGAUGGUACUGAAAUUGACUUUUUGUAUAAAUGCCUAUAAAAGACACUUAAAAUUAACUAAAAACAGGUAAUACUAAUGAGUUCAUUACGUCCUCGCUGAGUUAAUCUUCGAAAAUUAAUUUUUGCAGGGAUACCGUUGUGGACUAAUGAUCUUGGGUUUUUCUUUGAUUCAAACAAUUUUUGUUGUUAUAGGUAGAUAAGGUAGAUAAUUAGAUAACUGUUUAUUGGUCAUGAUUUAAGUUUAAGUCGGUGGCUCUUAAAAGAGCCAUUGGGUUUGUUUCUUACCUGUACUGUGCAAUUUCGGACCAAAGUUUGAAACUACGAGAAGAAAAGAGACUUUGAAAGAAUUAUUCUACAAAAAUAUAAUCAACAUAUACUCAAGGUAUGAAGAGACUUAACUUUUAUUAUGAACAGAAUUUACCCUAGUAUGCAGUGAAAUGAAAAAUGUUUUGCAGCAAAUCAACUUCAUGAUGCAGUGAAACGACUUUGCAACUUUGCAGCAAAUUGGCUUCAUUAUGCAGCGAAACAACUUUGUAGCAAAGUGACCAGACACCAAAAUUGCCAUACAACGGCAUACAUCUCCUAUGCAUGCAGCAAUCUCAUACUAUUUCACACAAGUACCAUGAAUAGAGUUGAAACAUGUUUGAAUAAUAAAUGUAUGGGACUUAGCAGAAAUCUUACCAAAUUAAGUUGUCUAACAGAAAUGUGUAACAGAAAGUACAGUUAAACAUUUUUGACUGUUGGAAUCCCUCUUAAAAUUCUUUGAAUUGCUACUGAUAUAUGUAAAACAUCAAGUGUGCAAACUUAACUUUGUAUCAGAGGAAUAGAAAGAGAAGAAUUUAAGAAACAGGAAUAUAAUAUGUUUGUUAUCUUUUAAUCCCGAAUUCUUAUUCUUUUAUUAUUGCUCUGGAGAGUCAAUGUUGUUUGAGGUUUUUUUCCCUGAUCGUGGGGUAGCUGAUGUUACUAGUUCACCAGGCCAAGGUCUCAGAGUUCUGGACUAGCACAUAUUUUUUGGCUGAUCUUCAGCACCACUAUUGAAAAUCUCAUUCCCAGCUUUUGUUUCUUCCUGUCAACUAUAAAUAAUUUGUUUUCUUGUAAGCAGACGACUUAAGCUAAAAUUUAAUUCACUGAAGAGGAAGUCAUGAGAAACAUUUUUGCUCAGUAAAUCUUGUGAAUCAAUUUUGUUUAACACAAGUUUUCGUCAGCCUAAGUAAUUAGAUUAGCAGAUUUUCAAGUACUGUUUCUACAGAUUUUGGUGGAGCUGUUCUACACUUUUUCUGGGGAGGCCUUUGCCUAUUGAACAAGUCAGCAGCAAAAGUUACUGGCCCCAGCAGGAAAAUUUGUUGGUCCCAUACCAGACAACCAGACAGGUUAUUUUUUCAAGCCUUGCACUAGUUUUUUUUUGUUAUAAAGAUGAUGCAUGCAUGUUGAUAUGCAAUUUUGGUCUUUUUAGUAUUCAAAGCUUGACUCAGUUUACAAGUUCAUAACGAUAGUCAUCUAUAUCACCAUGGCGGUUUUGGAAAUAGCCAGACUUUAUCUGGGAUAUGCUGGAAAUCUUCAGGAAAAGGUGAGUCAAACACCUCAACUUUGCUGUGCUUUGACUUAAGGUUUUAUACCUGGGAAUGUUACUGUCCAUUGAAGUGGCUAUAGUAAAUAAAUAAAUUUUUAAAAUUAAAUAACGAUUUCAAGGUAGCACAUCCACAUAGUAGUUCUUCGUCUACUUUAUUCCUGGUCGAAUUGGAAUUUGGAAAUGUUGGUUUUUGAGGAGAGGAGAAAACGUAGUACCCGGACAAAAACCUCUCAGAGCAAGGGAGACAACCAACAACAAACUCAACCCACAUAUGGUGUCGACACCAGGAUUUGAACUGGGGCCACAUUGGUGGGAGGCGAGUGCUCUCACCACUGUGCCACCUUUGCUCCCCAAGGUUGUACCUGGUUGUAGCGCCUGGUUGUUCAAAACUUGGAUGGUACUAUCCACUAGAUAACCAUCCGGUGGAUAAGUAUUGGGAAAACCAAUAUGCAUUAUUAUUCACUGGCGAAAACUUUGUCCCACCACCUGCCAUUUGAAUUAUGAAGAAGAAGAAGAAGAACCUUUAUUAAUUUAUACCGCUCAGGGUAGCCCCUUCAGACGCAAAAAGCUGUCUGUUAUCAAUGGGAGCCCUGAGCAACAACGCACAAAAACACACUAAACAUAUAAACAUUACACUAAUACUGGUAAUAAUAUAAAUAGAAAACUAUUUUCAAUUAAAAGAUUAAAAGAUGUAAAACACGAAAUAUCAUUAAGAUAAUUCGUUAAAAAGAGUGCAACCAUAAUAAUAGAAGGAUCUUUUUGCAAUUUCAGUUCUCACAGCAGGCGGAUGUAAGAGGUUGCUUUGUCUAGUAGCGCGCGCAUGGAUUGUAUUAUUACGUUUAAAAUAAUGUUUAAAAUACUGGGGACAUUGACCUUGCAGGCAUUUCUUAACGAGUUUAAAAACAGAUUGACGUCGGCGGUCCUCCAAGGUGGGCCAUUUCAGAACGUCCAAUGCCUGCUUGCUGCGCACAGUACAAUGGGUCCAAGUAGGGAAACCAGUAAUUGAUGGGUUAGAAAAUGGAAGAAAUUUGCUUAAAUGAUUAGCAAGUCUGCAAUUUUACAAUAGGUUUGUGCAACUGCUUAUAGUAGAAUAAACACUGACCAGUUACUAUCAGCUGCUGUUUAAAGAAACACAUCCAAAACUAACCAUAAACAUAGAAGGAAGUACCAUGCUUAAGCAAGGGCUGAAAUUUAACCUAGAUUUCUUUCUUUCUUUAUUAUUAAUUUGUUUUAAGACAUCCCAUUUGUGACUAACUCUCCUUGGUAAUUUACCACUCGUAGCCAAUUUUUGGGUGGUUAUUUAAGAGAAGUUUGAUUGAUCUUUAUUACAAAACUUUUUUUAAACUUUCAUCAGGUACCUGAAUUGGCUGGCUUUUGGAUAAUCACCCUUGUUUUACAACUUCCACUUACACUGAUGUUGUUGCUGAAUGAAAGCAUGUUGAUUAUGCCAAUGGAGAGAGCUGUCAACAUCAUAAUGACCUUGUUUGUUCUAUUUGAGACAAUCCAAGGAUACAGAGUGUUAAGAAUAAUGAUUGGUCACCAAAUCUCUAAAUUUCAUGUGCAGCAGUUUGAUGACUUGACUGAAUUGCAAGAGCUGCAGGAACAAGAUGUGGAAGAGGUGGGAUUUAGGCCACAGUAAACUGCAAAAGACUUCAAAAAUCAAUACUAUAUUAUAUUUAAAACAAAACAAAACAGAAACAACUGACAAUAUAUCUUAAAAUUGUCAUUAAAAUAGUAUUUCUAAUGUACUUUUAUACUACAAGGCCAACUUUAAGUUAAAGUACUGUACAUACUAAAUCCAGUUAAAUUAAUGUAAAUUCCAAGCC